GAAAAGGCAAUUGAGAGGAAUCUUACUACUGAUGCUUAGGUUGGUAGGGCUGAGGUGUACAUCCGAGCCCAUACAACAAAGGAUAACAAAGCGCAGUUUCUAGAAACCUUUGAAAAAAUAAAAUCGAUUCAAAGUAGUAAUCCUGCAUCUCGGAUGACCGGUGUGGAUGAUGCCCUUACACAGUCAAUUGGGAGUGAUAGUAGAGGGUGCAUGCGGGGGAUAGGUGGAAAUGUAGGCAAGAUUGCAGUGAAGAAGACAAUGCCUGUUAUACAUAAGCUCGGUGCAGUGUCAUGGGAACGAGAUAAUUUGGUAGAUGAAUUAGAUGAAAUGAAGAAAAUCCUGAGAGAUUUCCACCAGAAGUUUAAUUGCUUUGUAGAUAAGCAAGGGGAAAAAGGGGAUGUGGCUCCACCGACAAUUCCUCCAUUUAAAUCUAGUCAUGCAUCGUCGCCUGAUUUGGUAAAUCUUGGCAAGAGAUGCGAUCUCUGUGAUUGGAAGAAACGGGUAAUUGCUCGUGGUGAGAUGCAUGCAGUGGAUCCAAAUACCCAUGUCCAUGGAGCAGAAAUGGGCAAUGGAAAUUUUAGUGUCGUCCUGAUGGAGAUUAUAGCUCCGUAGUCAGAGCUAUGGAAGGAAGAUGGUUAUCAUGAUACGCUUAGAGAGGUCGGUGUAGGAGGAUUUGUCGUUUGGCCCAAGCUAUUUCUAACCAUCUAUCCAUGAUGUUUAUGAAUAUUAGACAUUACAACAACUAACACAAUUAACUUUUAUUUUUAAACUAUACAGUAACAUAGACAGAUGCAUGCAUAUUAUGGAAUCGAAUGAAUUUAACACACGCUUCAGAUUA